AUGGUACAAGCGCGACUGUUGCUUGCAAUCACGCUUCAUGCACGAGGUGAGGCAAUGGAAGCCGCAGACAUGAUGCACGCUGCCGUCGACUUGGCUAUAGAAAUCGGCCUGAAUCUGAGAAGCUUCGCAGUAUACCACGGUCAAGGUAAUCCUUGGGUAGAGGAGAGUCUGCGAAGGACAUGGUGGGAGCUCUAUGUCAUGGAUGGCUACCUCGCUGCUCUUCACAAAAGGCCUUUCUUCAAGAGCAACACAGUUCAAUCCGAGGUCUUGCUACCGUGUGAAGAAGUGGUGUACUCAAGCGCUGGUUACCUACCGCAACCACCUUCGCUUGAGCAGUUUGACAUGCGGUUGUUCACAGACGAGGCGAUACAAUUCUCGUCCUUCGCGUAUCGCAUCGAAGCAGCCCGGAUACUUGCCAGAGUAUUGGCGGUCGCUGGAACCCAAAAUGAAGACCAGGUCCAAGUGGUCGACAACGCAUUAGCUGGCUGGAUCCACAACUUGCCACGCACCAAGGUCGACGUCGUCAAUGUUUACAACAUGGUGGAUGAAAUAUUGUUCCAAGGUCAUAUGAUCAUCCAAUGUGCAACAAUAUAUUUGCAUCUACCAAGAAGUGAUUUACUCAACACACUUCCAGUUACUGCAAAUAUUGUAUGUGCUGAAAGGGGGAGACAUAUGUCACCUGCCUCCACACAGCACUCCCAUUCUGUCAAGGCGACCAAUGCAUCGAAAGAACUCGCAAAUCUGGCUGCCGUCCGCGUGCCGGUACAGAAACACACUCCGUUCUUCGUCUGUGGACUCGUCCUUGGCGCAAUAGUACAGUUAUCGGCUUGCAGUGUAAAUGCAGGCAGUGAACAACAUCGCGAUAGAAUCACCUUGAUCAUCGGAUUGCUGAAGUCGCUAAGCAGCACCUGGGCCAUCUCUGGCCAUGUACUCUUGGAAGUCAAGAAGGUCGCGUCAGAAGUGCUGCACACAAGCACAACUCAACAGGGAGGCCCAACUUAUGACAGUGGAAUGAGUGUGCAGAACAACAACUCAUGGCUUUCCAUGUUGAACAUGGUCGAGACCCAAGAGUUUCACGGUCUCAUGCACCUCGAACCAAUUUACCCAGGCUCGAGCUAG